GGAGAACCAAGAGGAUUUCACAAUUAGAAAAAGAUAUAAUUUUUAAAAGCAAAAGUUUGAUUUAAAUUUUUAGUGAAUUUAAAAUUUUUUGAAAAUUAAUAAAAUUUCACUGCAUGGUUUUGAUAUAGUAUUAUAGUCGAGAGGAGAGAGGAAGUACUUGACUCCCUUUCAGAAGAUGAACAAGUAGUCCUUUCAUCGAAAUUGCAUCGAGAGUAUAUAUCAAAGGGCUGCCAGACCCACUUAGCAGAUGUCUAUUUUUGCAGUGGAAUCUAUCUCGUGAUUCAUUCGAUGAGAACAUCAUGUACACUCCUUGGCACGCGUUAUUUUCUUCAACCUUUCAAUAAUAAUUCUUUUCGAUUUAUUCGAUGCGUCAUCUAAAUACAGCAAAUAGAAAAGAAUGGCCUACAGACAACAGAAUCAAGUUCAAGAUGAGAUGGAAUUGGAAGCAAUGGCGGAAGCGGAACUCGCGAGAUUAAAAAGACAAUAUAGAAUUAUGGAAAAUGAUCGAAAAUCGUAUUCAAGGAAAAUGCAAUUACAACUUAAGAAACAAGAGAAAAUAAUCGAUCAACUCGAACGUGAAAAAUCGGAACUUUUAUUAACAAUAAAAGCCAUUAAAUCGCCGGCAAACUUGAAAAAGGAUGAAAAGGACAGAGCCGAAAUUGAAAAACUUUUGCAAAAAAGAACCAAAUAUAUGGAACUUAUAGAAAAAGAAAAGCAACAAAUUGCUGAACUGGACGAACAGAUAGCAAAGGUAUCGAAGGAAGUGAAUGCCCUGAAGAAGAAAGUUCGCACGGAUGCUCAAUCAAAGGAAAUGGUGAUGAAGCACAACAAGUUUGUUUCUAUACUGGAAAACCGGUUGGAAGUGGCAACGAAAAAAUUUAAUCUGACAAUAGCAAAAAAUACUGAAUUGCGUAAGGAAAUUGAUGGUCUUCUUAAGGAACGAGCACAAUUUAACGCCCUUUACACUAAGCUUGUUAAUAAAAUUAACGCGGGCAAACAGGUUAUUAAUGAUCUUAUUGAACAAGCAACAAUUGCCUUUAAUCAAAGGGAUGAGGAACUCAGUAAAAUUCAUGCUCUACGCGAAAGAGGGGCGCGAGAUUUAAAGAAUCACACGUCUGAAAUGUGUGAACUUCAACGAACCCUUGACAAUGAAAUGAAACUACAAGAGUUCCUUGGUGUGAAAGGUCAGUGCCGGGAGAUGACGAAUUUAAAUGCAAAGAAAGACGCUGAGCAUGCUGCCAAGAAAAAGGAAAUGGAGGACAAAGUUGCCGAGUACACGAAAAUUCUUACCGAACUCAAAGAAUUUACAGGGGAAGAAGAUGUAGACAAGUUGGCCGCUAAUUUCAUAAAGCAGGAAGAAGAGAACUUUGCACUCUUUAAUUAUGUGAAUGAGCUGAACGAUGAGCGCGAAAGUCUUCAAAAUCGAGUCGAACAAUUAAGAGCAGGAAUUGAGGAAGCAAAAGCUCUAAAUAAUGAGGAGGGUCAAAAACAGGCGGAAACUUUAGAGAAAUUAAAGCAAGAACUCGAGGAAGAGACACGACUUGCUGACGAGGCGGAAAAAGAACUAGAGAAGUCUCAGGAAGUAAUGAAUCAACUUCUGAAAGGAGUCGACGAACUGUUUGGUGCAAUAAAAUGCGACAAGUCACCCAUUCUAGAAUUACUCGGUGAUGAUACUCAGGUUACCAUGAAUAACGUCAUGUUAUACCUUGGUAUUAUCGAGAAGGAGGUUUCAAAUAUUUUAACUAAAAUGUACUCUACUGAGAAUGUGAAUGGCGAGGAGAAAAUAAGUGAAGAAAGAAAAUCCGUUCUUGUACCUCCAACCCUUUCCGAUAUCGCGCCAACUCAACCUUGUCCUCUUUGUUCCGAGAAGGAAGAAUUUCAAAAAGUUUCCGAAGGUUUGGAAGUACCAAUGACUCAAAAAGAGGCGACUGAGAAGCUAAAUAAAAGACUGGAGAAUGACAUUUCCGAAUUAUUGCACAGUGUAUCUGGUUGUAACUUGCCAGCGGCGAGAAAAAUUAUGCAAAAGAGAUACCAAUAAAAAAAUAAAUAAAAAAAUAAAUAAAAAAUAAACUAAUGGUGAAAAAUUAUAGUUGGGAGAAAAUUUGCUGCAGGGUGUUUGCAAGCGAUUACAUAAAUGAAGGAUUUAAAUUACACGCGAGUCACUAUAACUAUAACCAUCGAUUACAAAAGAAUCUCGUUAAA